AUGGUUGCCAGGUUUAUCGGCAGUGUGUUAAGAAUUGUGAUACCCGAGACUAUUGAUUACCACAUCGCCUCGAUGCACAAGAUGGAUGUUGCUAGACCAAAGCGUCUGCGAGCCCAUAUAGCGACUGCAGUCAAUGAUAAAGCUACUGCCAUAAUAUGGAGCUGGUGCAAGAGGCGGCCGGCUAUCCAUGACGAUUACUUGGCGAGUUUCAACCGACCAAACGUGGCACUCCUUAGCACCGGUGGAAAGGCAGCGUAUAAAUUUAUCACAUCCGAUAUUGUCGCAAACGGAACACUAUGCGAAGUUGAUGCGCUUCUUUCCUCGCGACUGGCUUUUCAGUUUGUAUGGAAGAUACGUCGCCUUCAGUCUAAAGACACUAGUGCACUCGUCAUUGAGCCGUCCAAGCAAGCGACAGAUGAGUACACGGAUGAGGUCCAGAAGAAAGCUUUGUGGUUUUUCGCCAUGGCUACAUGCACUCCAGGUUGGUUCAAUGGUGAAGGCCAGGGGGUAUUUGAUCAUCCAUCACCGGAGGAGCAAGCCACCCGCUCGUGA